CCAAAUUUGAUACGCUACUGGCCCGUAAGAGAGAGAAUAAGAACGACACUAGAGUCCGUCGUGGAAAAAUGGCUUUACUAGCGAGAAACGUCUACAAAAUAUUUUCACAGACUGCUCAGAAAGGAGCUGUAAGGGCACUACAUGUAGGAGCAGUACGUCAACAAGACACUGCAAUUGAACAAGAAGGAAAAAUAAAAUGUACUCUUAUACCAGGAGAUGGUGUUGGACCAGAAUUAGUAGUUUCAGUUCAGAGUGUUUUCAAAGCAGCGAAUGUGCCGGUUGAAUUCGAGCCAUAUUUUCUCUCAGAAGUAAAUCCAACUUUAAGUGCACCUCUUGAACAGGUGUCCAACAGUAUUGCAAGAAAUCGAGUAUGCUUGAAGGGAAUUUUAGCAACACCGGACCAUUCCAUGACUGGAGAGCUACAAACAUUAAAUAUGAAAUUACGUAAAAGUCUGGAUUUGUAUUCAAAUGUGGUACAUGUAAAAUCUUUACCUGGUGUUAAAUGCCGUCAUAAGAAUGUGGAUUGCAUUAUCAUCAGAGAACAAACAGAAGGAGAAUAUUCUGCAUUGGAACACGAAUCUGUGAAGGGUGUGGUAGAAUGCUUAAAAAUAGUAACUGCAACUAAAAGUCAAAGGAUUGCAAAAUUUGCAUUUGACUAUGCCUUAAAGCACAACCGUAAGAAGGUUACUUGUGUUCAUAAGGCUAACAUCAUGAAACUUGGUGAUGGUCUUUUCUUAAAAUCAUGCCAAGAAAUAGCUAAAUUGUAUCCUAGAAUUACAUUUGAAACCAUGAUUGUCGAUAACUGUACCAUGCAAAUGGUAUCCAAUCCUCAUCAGUUUGAUGUAAUGGUAUUACCAAAUUUAUAUGGUAAUAUUGUAGACAAUCUUGCAUCUGGCCUGGUUGGUGGUGCUGGUGUAGUUGCAGGUGCCAGUUACAGUCCUGAAUGUGUUGUCUUUGAACCGGGUGCAAGGCACACAUAUUCAGAGGCUGUUGGUAAAAAUGUUGCAAAUCCUACUGCUAUGAUUCUGUGCGCAGUAAAACUUUUGCGCCAUGUUAACUUAAAACGUUAUAGUGAACAACUUAAGGAUGCAUUAAAUCGUGUCUUGAACGACGGAAAAGUAUUGACGAAGGAUUUAGGCGGACAAAGCUCUACAACGGAGUUCACAACCGCUGUAAUAAAUUGUCUUCGUUAAAUAAUUAUUGUUAUAUAAUUUCUGCUAACAUUGAAGAGACUUAUGUAACAUAGAAUACAAUAGAAUAGACACAUUGUACUAUCCAUAAAUUAUCAAAAACAGUUGAUAUGGUCAUAUCAGAUUGUACAGUAUUAUCUCAAUAUAGACUGUACCUAAUUUAUUUGUUGUGAACAUUUUGUCGUAAUUUUAU